AUGGGGAUCCCCCUCCCCAUUGCGCGUGAGCUCGCCCUGAUCGCCGAGGAGAUCAAGCUGAGGCUGCUGUGGCGGGGGCGCAGCCUGCACGACGUGCUGCAGGCGUUUGAGGACUUUGACUCGGACCGCGACGGCAGCUGCGCCUGCCCCGAGGCGGUGACGACGGGGAUGGGAAUCAACCUCGAGGGGCGCAAGCUGCGCUCCGUCUGGCGGCAGUUUGAACACGACGAGUCCGACUCGAUCCGAUCUGCGAACGCGCCCAGCACAGCCAGCAUCGUCCUUUCAGAGCCGUCGCGCCGCCGACACGGUCGGCUAAACUUCCAGUGGGUGCUGCGGCUGAAUCAGCGCGCCGUGCCGGCGCUGCGCGUCCUCACAAACUGGAAGGUCGAGACGUACAUUCAGGAGCGGAGAGCGGCCGGGUGCGUCUCGAGCCGCGACCGGCUCUACCGGUUCCUCGCCUCGCCGACGUCGUCCGGCAACGCGCUGAUGUUUGCGCUGCUCAUCCUCGCCUUCUCGUUCGCCUCCAUCAUCACCUUCGGCGUCGAGUCUCACCAGCACUCCAAGCAGGUCUUGUCGGCGCUCGAGCUUUACGGCGAGAAUGCGACCGCCAUCGAGGAGCACCUCGGCAGCCUCACGCCGCC